UGGGGUAAGUACUGCGUGGGAGGGGGAAUACUCCGUCCUCUGAGUGUUGACGUGUUUGUGACCCUGGAGCGGAGAUGCCUUCAUGGAAACGUCAUACCUCAUGGCUCCACUGAAGAGAUGAAAACUCUUUUGAUCCGUUUCCUAAUUUUGGCUUUUGGAGUUUGGAAUAAAUCCCCCAAACACAGAUCAAAGAGAACCUUGAGAUGUGUUUGUGUCCUCUGGUGUUUUGACAGUAACCUGGAGUGCCAUCUGAAAUUCGAGGUUUGGAAUUCUUUCUUAAUUCUGAGCUGUCUGAGUGUGAUGCUGACCAGUGUCCACGCUCACGACAAGCAGAGCCUGAUAGAGCUCCAGGACCUUCUGAAGAGAAAUAAACCCAAGAUUAUUAACUCAGAUGCCCUCUUGUAUACACCACCUGCUAAUGUUAAUAGCUGCACUCGAUCAUUAAUGUACUGCUAUCUGCUGGAGUUGAAUGUUGUCUUUCAUGAAAUGGAUUUUUACCGCGACCCCAAUAACACACCCGUAUACUACAUGAAAGAGAAUUACUCCUCUCUUAUCUAUGAAUGCCAAGAGAAGCUGUGUCAGCAGUGUGAAGAAUACCCCCAGAGGAACACAACGGAGUUCUGUGAAAAGAUGGAAGAAUUUAUUUUGAAAUUGUUAAACAGGGUUCCCUAUAGGCUGCACCAGAACCAGGGCAUGACUGAUCCACUCAAGGCCUCUUACGUUUCUCUAGACCAUCAGGCAGUGAUCCAGUCAGAGAAGAACAUGAUCAGUCUCCUGAUGCAACACGGGAUCCAGGACAGGACGUUUUUGAAUGGUCAUCUGAAUUAAAUUAAAAUAGACUGGUUGUGAUCUGAAAAGAGUUUAAGACAAUCCAACUGAAAUGCGAUACAAUGUGUUACAAGACCUGUGCACGUCAACAUGACCAUUCAUGUUCUGUGAGUACACUCCUGAUGUUAUUUUAUGUAUUUAUAAUGCAAAUCAUUUUGUACUGUGUAUGUCACAUUAAAAGCCAACGCAUGUGAUCCCUAA